GCCCGAGCCAGUGAGAUUAAUUAGGGUUUAUAAGUAAACAGCGGAUUCCCUUCUCUCGAAGAACAAAUUAGAAAACCGCCGUCGUUUCCCCCCCUCUUUAUUUCAUCUUUCUUCGUCAACAACAAUGGGCACGGAAGUUGCUGUGAAUCCAAAGGCGUACCCUUUAGCGGAUGCUCAGCUAACAAUUACGAUCAUGGAUUUGGUACAGCAAGCUGCGAACUACAAACAGCUCAAAAAGGGCGCGAAUGAAGCGACGAAGACGCUGAAUCGAGGAAUAUCGGAGUUCAUUGUGAUGGCGGCCGACACCGAGCCGCUCGAAAUCCUUCUACAUCUUCCUUUGCUUGCCGAGGACAAGAAUGUCCCCUAUGUAUUUGUCCCUUCCAAGCAAGCACUUGGUCGAGCUUGUGGAGUUACAAGACCUGUGAUUGCCUGCUCGGUGACUAGCAACGAAGCUAGCCAAUUGAAGAGCCAGAUACAGCAACUCAAGGCAUGUUUCUCUGGACUUUUAUGGAAUGUUAGAAUUGUUUUGAUGCACGCAAUUUAG